AAAAGUUCAUAAAAACUUGAUGCUGUACCAUCUGUAAAAGUGGUAUUUUUCACAUUUAUUAUAAUACAAAUAUGGUUUUUGUUUCUACUGUUUAACAAAAUUAAUUAUUUACUUCCAUGUAACCAAUGUUUUAAUAGUCUUCAAACUUCUAGCUGGUCAAAAUCAUUAAUGACUCCACAAUUGACCGUAGAACCAUCUUCUAACAUAAUGGUUUAAAAUGUAUGUAAUAAAUAAAAAAAAAAUGUAUUUAUUAUAUUAUGAAAAUCAUACUUUUAUUUUAUAUUUUAUACAUAAUAUUCUUAUUUGUUUUUUUGAUUUAAUGAGGAAUUCUGAAGAACAUAAUAUUUUUAAGCAGCUUAACUUUAAUAUUGAUAACAAUUUAAAUAUGGAUUUCAGCAACAAUUUAAAAUAAUAAAAUAAAAUGUGUGUCUUUAUACAAUUAAAUUUAACAAAUCAAUUAAUUAUAGACAGAGAUUAAAUUGAAUAAUGGCAGCUUACUUGCAACUUUAUUAUCGAAGAAAUUGAAAUUGUCAACACUGAAGACAACUGUAUUAUUUAUACCAAUGUAAGUACUUAAACCAAUAAAAUAUAACUUAUUGAUGCUAGUUUACAGUGUAAUAAUAAUGGAACUGAAGUCUUACAGUAAAGAAUACAAAUUUUGUUUAGUAAAUAAUAUACACAAUUCACUUUUAGAUUACAAACUGUUUUAUUGGAGAUACAUUUUAAUUAAACAAAAGAAAAAGAAUUAAAUGUCACUUUGAAAAACAAAAUAAAAUUACAACAAGAUACCAUUAAGUUAUUUGAAAAUAAUAAUAACAACCAACAUCUUGAAAUAAAAUUUUUAUCUAGUAUGUUCACAAAUAAUAUUAUUAAUGGAUUAAUUACUAAAUUACUAAUUUAACUUAUUCAACUAGACAAGGUAAGUACAAUUCAUAUUUAAUUACAAACACAAAAGUUAUUAAAAAAUAUAAAUAAAAAAUAAUGUAAAACUUACAAUUGUUGAACACUUGACAAUCCAAUGUCCAGACAAAAUUACUAUAAAAUAAAUAAUAAGUGAUAACAACAUAUUAUAACAGAUGACGAACCGGAUAACGUAAUACCAUGCGUCAUAGAUAUAUUUAAUACAUUUUUAUAUACAUCUAUGCUAUGCAAAACUCUGUUGUUACACCAUGUUAAUUAUAUCAUUACCACAUUCACAUGUUUUAUAUCUAUGGUAGGAAUUUAUCUAAAUAAAUAUUAUGUAUUUUAAGAUUUUCACAAUUUAAGAUAUCUUAAACCGUGGUAAUUAGUAUAGUAAUUAUUGGUAUAUUGGUAUUGCUACCUGGUGGUAGACAAUACAGUACAGUCUUGCCACGGCGGCAGCUGUGUAAGUAGGUUUUUGUGGCAGAAAAAUGGAAAACAUAUUGGUAGACAUGUUUUCGUAAACUGCCAGUCUGUAGUUGACUGGUUGUAGUGGUUGUACCAUAGAGUAUGAGUUGUACACGAGUCUACGAUCCAUUUGAUUUUAGUGGUUAGGUUGUGUUACCUAUAUGGUUUUUUUCCAAAUAUAAGUGUAACAAUAAUAAUAUUAUUAUUUAUUGUAUAAUAUUAUUAUUAUUAUUAUUUGACGGACGACGAAAAAUUCAAAAAUCCCCUCAGACCAAUUCAUAAUUUGUAUUGUGUGGUGCCCUCUAUCGAGGUUCGUCGAGAACCGAGGAACGGUGCGGCAACGUGGCGUCACGGUCGGUACACCGGAUUUCCCUCGGGUCGUUGUCCCCCUCGCCUAGGUCGUCGUGUAAAAAAGGUGUCGGUACGCAGUCUCACCGCGACGUAUUGCCCCCCACCCGGGAUACGGUUACGGCGGCGCUACAUUGCAGCGAUUAUGACGAUGCCGUCGUCGUCCACCACGGCCCACGGGCGGUAUGUGCGCGCGCGGCGGCGGCCAAUGCAUUCCACGGCUACCAAGGACGGUCCAACUGAACACCGACAUUUUAAGUGAAGCCGCGUAAAAGUCGGAACGCUGCCCAAUGUUUGUGCAUCGAUUUAUUGUCGAAUAUAUUCAAGAUGCCUGCAUUUAAAUAGUAAACAGUAUUACUAAUAAUAAAUAGUAGAAACAAUAUAAUAUUAUAAUAUAAUAAUAAAUAUAAUAUCAAUACACAUCAAUUAUCCAUUAGACCAAUAAUCUUCGUAUAAAUAUAAUUAUUUAUUACUAUUUAACUUAAGUGUACAAAAGUGUUAAAUUUUCAUAAUUACGUUUGCCGUAUUAUUCAAUUUUUUGUAAUCCGAUACAUCUGAAAGAGACGUACUAUUGGUAAUCUGUCCUCAAAGAAAGCGACGAAACAGCUUCCAAUAAAAUGGCCCUUGUCACCAAUAUAGACGGGCCAAAUUUACUCGAUGAAAGGUGCAGUAAUGAAGAAAAAGUCAAUAAAAUUGAGCCCUUUUACCAGGGGAAACGAUUUUUUUUACACAUAUAUAUAUAUUAUUUAUAUUUAUAUACAAUUUAAUAAUAAUUAACUAAUGAGCUUCGUAUCCGAUUAUCGUAACUACUAUUAAUAUAUCAGCAGUAUCAGGAAUAAAAAAUGUUGGGUUUUUUGGAUAUUUGAUAUGUGUAAGUUUUUAACAAGGAUUUUAUAUUUUUUUAAUGGUUUCGCAGCAAAAUCGUUCUCAAAACACUUUUUUUUUGAACGGCCAAAGGUAAAUACGAAAAAAAUUCGAUUAUAAUUUUCUAGUAGUCUCGUCAGUUCCCGUCCGUCGAUAUACCGUUGUGCAUCGAUUGGACGACGCCAUCUUUGUUUUUUUUUUUGUCAUCAUAAAUUUACGAUUUAUACAUUAUAUUAUAUUCAUGGUGUUUUUGUGCUACUUGCGUCCCCCUCUUCUCUUCCAUCCGUUUCGGCUUGUAUCGCCAUCUCGCGUUUCUCUCUUUUGCUUUUUUUUAUUUCCAAUAAAUUGCCAGAUAACCCAACUUCUCUUCGCCUUUCUGUUAUACCCGCUACCCGAGUACUCCGUGUCAUUUUUCUAUUCAAUCUCAUUCUCUCUCUAUAACCAUUACUCUUCGACUGUAUCGCUCACUCUCUCACGCCCAUUCUAACGCCGCCCCUCGCUUGGUCCGACGAAUAAAAUGGUAUACCCCUCUUAUCACCGUUGUUCACUCCCUCGCUCGCUCGCUCACUUUCUCUCUCUCUGUGAUAUGUGUUUCGGAUUGUCGACGAGUUACGACUACGCCACACUGCCACACACUAUACAGCAGCAGCUGCGUACGCAAUGCCGCAAUAAUCGUGUUAAUAUUUUCGUCCCGAUUCUGCACACGGGACGUGGUUCGUUGACGCAAAGAACUCUAUUACUUACCGCUUAUCGGCGCUGUUGUCGCCGCCGCCGCCUGUGCUGUCGACUAUAUUCGUUUUGUUUUUAUCACAACAAUAUUCCACGGCGAAUCCGUUUUCCCAAUUUUUUUUUCAUUACAAAAUUAUUAUUUUCUUAUAUUAUCAAUUAAAUAAUAAUAAUAAUAUUUUUUUCUAAUUUUCUUUUUAAUAAAUUUGACGGACCAUUUGCAAUUGUUAUUAUACCUAAUAUAAUAAUACAUUGCACCGAGAUCCCAUUUUACAACAAUAAUAAAAUAUUGAUAGUCAUACGAUAUAUUUUAUUAUACAUACACAUACACACAUACACCACAUGAUCAUGGUAUUAAACUUACAAAGUGUCUUAAGGUAUCAGUAUUUUAAUAAAAUUAUAAUAAUAAUUAAUAUUAUAUAAAAAACUGAUAAAAACCAUGUUUUAUUGUUGACAAUAUUCGUUUGUUUCGAUUUAUCAAUUUCAUUCUUUAAAUUUUGUUUUUAUAUGCCUAGGUAUGUGUAUAGGUACCUAUUUUUACAAAUAAUUUUGAAAAUACCAAUUGCCCGGACAUUCUUCGUUUGUCUUUUUUUUUCGCAAUAAUUAUUACAGAUUUUUCCUUUAUGAUUGAACAAUAUAUAUUAUUCAGAAAUAAAUACAUGACUAAAAUUUAUAUUUUAAAAAAAAUGACUCAUCGUUUGUCCUACUUUUUUAGAUUUCAGUAUAUCCCGUUUCGUUGUGAAAGUAUAAAUAUUUACCUCUCUAAAUCUUAGUCACAGAAACCUUGUUCUCUUCAUUUUCUAUACCUACUUAAUUAUAUUAUUACAUUAAAAAAAAAAAUGACUCAUCGUAUAUCCUACUUUUUUUAUAUUUCAGUGUAUACCGUUUUGUUGUGAAAGUAUAAAUAUUUACCUAUCUAAAUCUUAGUUAAAGAAGCUUUGUUCUCUCCGUUUUCUGUACAUACUCUAUUAUAUUAUUACGUUUAAUUACAAUUCACUUUUUAUAUUAUCGCGAUAUUAUAGUAUUCAUUGUUUUAUACUUGGGAGGUACCUAGUUGUUGGUUUUUAUUAUCUAUAAACUUAAUAUUUAUUUAAUUGUAUAUAUACCCAAUUUGUAUGGCAAAUAUCAUUGUUAAUACUUUCAUUUAUAUCUCCACAGCUGCAUUUUAAUAGGUAUGCAUUGAGAUCACUAAAUUCGUCCUACGAUCACAAUAUUAUGGCUAUUUUAUUUUUUCAUUAUCAUUCAUCAGCUGAUAAAAGUGUACAUAUAGAUUAUUUAAAUUUAAUGAAAUAUUUGUUCACAUAUUUAUGCAUUUUCUGGUAGGGUCUGUUUUUUUGAGUGUAACCCCCUCAGCAUUUCUAGGUAAUCAUGGUUUUAAAUAAAAAUAGGGCGUUUUGAGGCCUUGAAUAAGUAUUUAUAAAAAAGACUUCCUUCCUCAGAAAAAUGUCUGGGUACUCUCCUGUCUCAAGUUGAUUUAAUAUAGUCAUUAGUAGAUAGUAGGUACGUGUUAUCAAUAUGGAUUUUAUGAUUGCAUUUCUGGUAUAUUUUUAGUAUCUAAUUGAAGUGUUAAUCAUUCAAUUUUGAUUUUUAGAAUUAUAUAGUAGGUAUUACUUGCCUACUUUUAAGAAGAUAUCUACAGUAUAUCAAUUGACAAACUUUGGUUUUGCUAUCAUUAAUUCACUGUCUUUUAAAAUGUUAUAAGAUUCUUCCUACAUAAUUAUUGUAUAAGAAACAAUUUUAUCUAUCAGUGGGUUAAUUUAAUGCGCCUAAACAUUUCUUUCAUUACAAUCGAUUACCGCGUACCUAAUCAUCAGUUUUCUUAGAUUUGUGUGUACCUACUUAAUAUAUGUCAACAAUAGAACAAUAUUAUCAUUAUUCAUAUUACUAAUAUUCGUGUUAUCUACGUAUACUAAAUUUAAUUUAAUAUGUUGGUUCAUUUAAAUAAUAAAUAAUUUGCUUAUAUUACGUGGGUUACGGAGGAUAUUGGUAAUUCAUUGUACCUACACAUUAUCAUUGCUGUCGAAAACCAAUUAACUAUAUUCUUGUUUAUUGUGUUUAAAAAAGACUUAUUGAUCCAAAUAAGUAGGUAUUGCAUUUAAAAUAUAGGUUUGUUUAAAACAAUUAUUGUUGUUAACAAAAUAUCGAAAAUGUUCGACGAAGCCGAGCAAAAACCCGAAACAGGAAAAGUCGUGUUAGCAGAGUAAGCAUAAUAUAGGUGCCAAUAAUUAGGAUUUAGGAAUAUGCAAAUACCUCUAAUCAAUAUAAAUCAAUAAUAUUAUCAAUAUAUUUUUUAUUUUUGCUGUCGAUUUUACAACUUGUGAUAUGUAUAUACCUAAGUAUUUCAAGCACUGAAAUAUGCUUAUUUACGAGUUGGUAAAAGAGAACUGUUGGUUUCCAUUAUAUAUUUUCGUUCUCGUUAAAAGCAUAUCGAUUUAUUGUUAAUAAACGAAUAUUUAAUAAUAAAUUCUAAUUUCUUUCAUAUCAAUAGGUAUUUUUAAUAAAUUAUUAAGUACUAACGUACGUUUGAUGAUAACUUCGUAACAUGUUCAGUUAUGAAGUUACCAUCAAACUCGUCAAACACACGUACACGAUGGAUUUGUAUAAACAUACAUGCCAUUUUACUUUUAUCACCACACGAUACAAGCAUAAUUAAUAAAUUAUGUUUUGUUUGUGCCUCACUACCUUAAUGACUUUUAAACGAACAUUCGGAAAUUCACUCAAGUUCGAGUCUCUUGCAUUAUACUUUCAAAACGUUCUAAAGACAAAAAAAAAACCCGUGUAUGCGUACUUCAUGUGCAUAAUAAAAGUUCAAUUGAGCUUAAUUAAAAAAAAAACGAUUGUUGUUACUUAAAUCAUACUAACCUAUAAUAUUAGGUAUAUUAUUAUAGACUAUUGGAAAUUACUAACGUAAUUCGUUUUUAUAAAAAAAAAAAAGAAUAUUAAGUUGAUCUAUUAGGUAUAGGUACAUAUUAUAUUAAAUAUUUUUUAUAUAUUGAUUAUUAAACAUUAUCGUCCAAGAUAAUUGAUUUUUGUUUUAAAAUUCAGUUUCUUAUAACAACACAAUAAAUACUAUAACAUUGAGAAACAUUUUAUUUAAAAUAUACUUCUAAAAUUCAAUAUUAUAGACAAAAAAAACAGUUUCUAUUGUAUAUUUAUGCUUAUUUUUAGGAAUUUAAAAAUUUCAAAAUAGUAUCAUAUUUUACUUAUUUAUUGUUUUUAAUUUUGUCUUAUUUAAAAAUAUUAUAUAUUUCUUGAAUAUUUGUUUAUUUGCAUUUCCUGAUGUGUUAAUUGAGAUCAGUUUGAACUUAAAAAUAAAAUACAAAUUAUGUUUGCCAUUGAAUUUUAAGAAAAUAUUAAAAUACAUAUUCAAAUUAAUUUUUAUUUGGUAUUUGUAAUAUAAUGUAGUAUUAUAUAAAUAAAAAGCAUGGUUAACUCAUACAAUAUUGUUUAUAAAAAUAUAUCAAUGCAUGCCUACUAACUAUAGUUUAAACAUUAAUUUUAUUUUAAUGGAGAAACAAUUAUGUCUUAAUGUAUUUUAACUAGAUAGUAUUAUUUAAGUUCUUAAAUAAAAAUAUAUUAGGAAGAAUAUAUUGAUACACAAUAUUCCUGGUACUGUUUUAGAAUUUUCAAAAUAUAAAGUAUAAUAAUAAGAGUUCUUAGUAAAUAAAUAAAUAAAUUAUUUUAGCAAUGGUAACAAUUGUGAAAAUGAGGUUGAAGAAGACCUUGAAGAUGGAGAGAUUUUUGAUGAAGAAGAUGAUACUGAAGUUGUUGAGUCAACCGAACAAAAUAUUGUAUCUAAAUUAUCUAAAGAAAAUCAUAGUGGAGAAAGUGCAAAAGAUAAAGAUUUUGAAUCUCUGUGGGAUAUGGUAAAUUUUAAGGAAACAAACAAUGCAUUUUAAUCUUAAUAGCAAUUUUGUAAAUACAAAUUAUCUUUAUCUUAAAUUAGGAACUACGGCAUCAAAAAAUGUCAAAUGGUCCCCCACAUAAACCUUUUGUGGGAUUUAACAGUAGGUCUAGAGGAGAUAGAUUUAUACGAAAUAAAGGAAUUGUGAUGAAACGAGAUGGUGGCUAUCUAAUGGAUGAUGAUAGGUCAAGACGUAAGAGACGUAGAUUUGAUCAAAUUGAUGAAAAAGAACCUAUGUUAAGAAAUAAUCAAAAUGUAAGUUUAUAUUUUUUUAAAUAUUUAACUUACAUUAUAAUUUAUAUUUAUUGUAUUAUUUAUUUUUAUUCGUAGGGGAUAUUUAAUAAUAAAAGAAAACACAAUGAAACACCAAUGGUACCCGCUGAGGGUGAAAAUGAUGAAGAAAUGCCAUAUAUCAAUUCUGAUAUAUCAAAUUUUGAUUCAUUUCCACGAGAAUAUGGUAAUUAUGUUUAUUAUUUAUCAUAUUAAAGUGCGUUGAAGAUUAAAAGAAAUUUUAUAUUAAAUAAUAUUUAGUUGUAUGUGCUUAAAAUUAUUCUCAUAAUUAAUACAGACAUUUUUCGUUUUUAAUAAAUCUCAAAGGUUAAAAAAAAUCAUUGUCAAAUAUUAUACAAUAAUAAUAGUUAGAAUUAGGUACUUUUAUUUGUAAUUUUCAAAUAAAAUAUUUUAUGUUCAUAACAAUGCAUUUUUUUCCAUAAUCGAAAAACUAGUUUCUUUUUUAUGUUAAUUUUAACUGAUAAGAAAUUUAAUAUAUAUUUCCAUACAAAAUGAAGGUGUAAUAAUUUAUUAUAUUGUCUUGUUUGUUAAUAGAAAAUGAAGGAGAAGAUUUUCGGCCUUCAAGGGAUAAUAACUUUGUUUGGAGAGGUAGGGGUAGACGUGGUGGUGGAGAUAUGGACCGACGUAGUAGAGGUAUGCCUUCAAAGCGACGAAUUGGUGUUGGACCUAUGAAAAAUAAAAGACCUGAAGAUGAAGAAAAAAUUUGUCAAUAUUUUCUUCAAGGAAAAUGUCUUAAGGUAGAGUGAGAUAAGUAAUUAAUAUUCAUCAUGCGUCUUCAAUUAGAAUUCUGUAUUUGGUAUACUUGAUUAUUUUUUUAAAUGUUCAAUUCGCUAUAAUUUAAAUAAUAAACUUGCUAGUUAUUUGAAAUUGUAUUUGUAUUUAUACAAUUUUUUAUAUUAAGAAAACUUAGAACAGUUAGAACUAAGAAAUACAUCAGCAAAUUUUGUCACGAGGGAGGAUAAGAAUAAUUUUUAGUAAUUGUUAUUAUUUACAUAAUCUUUUUUUAUAACUAUGAAUGUAUCAUUUAUUAUACAGGGUGAUUUUUUAAGCAUGCUCACCCCAUUUGUAUAGUUAAAUUAUGCAUAAAUUAAAAUUCUGAUUUUUGGAAUUUUAAGUGUCUUGAUUAAAGAUAUUUUCACAUACUUAGAUUUUUCACAACAAUUAAGGAGUAGGAAUGUGCCAAUUAAUUUUCCUAUGUAUUUCGAGACAACUUCUUUUAUUAUUACUAAGUAAUUCAUAAAUAAAUGAAAUAUGUAUCAUGAAAUUAGCCUGUCUACGUAAGGGAAUGCAAACCAAGUUCGAGUCCUAAGUUAUUAACCGAAAUGUUUUAAUUAAAUUUGUACAACAGGUGUUUUAAAAAGCAAGAUUGAACAUUAUUCAAACAUUGAGUCUAAUCACUUAUUAAAGACUAUAUAUCAAGGGUCCAUAUUCAAUACCUGAAUAAUUAAAAGAGCAGUAUAGGGUUUUCAUGUAAAUAAUAUUAUAAAGUCCCAACACUGCUGUCUAACAGAUCCCAGCAUACACAUGGCCUUAGAAUAGAUAUAGGCUAUGUGUUUAAAAAAUUAAUAUUUAGUUGACAAAAUAAUACAUAAAUCUUUACUGGAAGAAACUAACUUAAUUAUAUGUCUAUCUAUAGAGUAUUUAUACGUUAGAGGGUUCUGAUGUAUAGUAAACAAUAUGGUUGCACCCUUAUCAAUAUUUGUAAUCUAUUUGUGGUACAAUAAUUUAAAAAAUGUAUAAGAACACAUUAAAGUCUUUCACAAUCUUCUAUAGAAUUUACCUUAAUAAAUAUUUUAAAUUCAUCGAAAAAUAAUGAAAAUUUACUGAAAUUGAAUGUAUGUUUAACAUCAUUUGUAAAUAAUUAAAAUAAUACAGGUGAAAGUGACCUCCUUGUAGAACAUCAGAUGGGGUUGUGAAAGGCUAUGGAACCUUGUCUAAAACAAUUACCUGUUGUUCUUCCAGGUAAGUAAAAGCUUAACCAGGGGUUAAAAACGUGUCUCUAAUACUGAGUUUUCUAAUUAAAAAUUUGUGAUCCACCAAAUUGAAAGCCUUAUUGAGAUCAAUAAAGAUGACAUCAACAUAUCUUUUUUUUUUUAACAAUAUUAAGAACUUGUGUAUAGUAUUAACAAGUUAGUACAAGUUAAUUUCUGAGAUCUAUAACGAGCAGCACGUUUUUUGAAAACUUCAGUGAGCCAAUAUCGAAGAUUUUUUUUAAAUUUUGAUUUUGGUUUUUUAUUUAAGCUAUUUAUAGCAGUAAAUGCAGCUCUAGCAGUCAUCUAUUCAACAUUCGUAUUACUCAUUUUGAAAAAUACAACCACUCUGCACUAAUGCUGUAGGUGAACUGCUGUGUCCCUUUAUUCACACUAAAUACUCAUUCAUAGAAAACAAUAAAAUCAAAUACACUAAAUACUAUGUUGACAGAUAUUUUAUGUACCAUGUUUGCACACUUUGUGGACGCACCUUUAAAUAUAAAUAUUAUUGACACCAUUAUGUGUACAAAAUUUUAAAAACUACUAAUACUAGGUAAAUGGGUAAGGGCAAUGUAGAUCAUAAAUAGUAAGUUACUACUUGUUAAUGGUAAUAGUAAUGUAGUAGUAUGUUAGAUAGUUACUACUAAGUAUUAAUACCCAUCAUAAUAGAAUGAUAAUAAUCUAUCUAUAAUGUACAGUAGUGAUGUAUUUGAUCAUUGUUUAUUAUAUAUGAAAAAUAUUAGAAUAUGAUCUCAGAGUGAUGCAAAUGAUCAUCAUUAUCAAUAUUACCAGUAAUCUUUAAAAAAAAAAAAUUGUUUAAAAAUAUAUGCUAGAGUUAUACUGAUCUUUAUAUGGCUUUUUGGUUUAUUGUAUCCUAUGUGUUAGUACUCAGUAUAGCACUCAUAAUGGGGUUAAGUCAAUACUAAUUACUGUAUAACCUGUGGUGCUCUAUAAAUGACUUUAUGUUUGAUCGUUAAUAAAUUAUAAUGAUUUAUGAUACAUUUUUACAGGAAAACAAUUGUACCUAUUCUCAUCAGCAACCAAAUGGUCGCAAAAUGGAACUGUGUAAGUUUUAUUUAAUGGAUUGUUGUAGUAAAGAAGAUCGAUGUACAUUUAUGCAUAGUGAAUUUCCAUGCAAGUAUUAUCAUACGGGUAUGAAAUGUUAUUCUGGCUCAAAAUGUCGAUUUAGCCAUGCUAAGCUUGAUGAAGAUCAAAAAAAAAUAUUACUGAAGGUAAAUUUGUUAAAAUAUAUAUAAAAAAAAAAGGAAUUAACAAUCAAUAAACAAUAUUGAUUAUAUUUAUAUUUUACAUAUAUUAAAGUUAUAUACAAUUGUCUAUCAUCUAUUUUAAUUUUUAAGUAUUUAUUUACCAAUACUAGCGUAAUGCAUGUAUUUGAAUGUUUUAGUCUUUUGGAAAAUUGCGGUAUGAUCCACCAGAAUACGAAAAUGAAAAACAAGAUUUCAAGGUAUACAAUGUAUAUUUAUUUCUUUAUUUUCACACUAUUUUUGUAUUAAAUGACAUAUAUAGUAUAUAAAACAGUUAUUUGAUAAUACUGAUCUGAUGCAUUUGUUUUAUAGAAUAACUGUGAAGAGGACCAAAACCCAAUUGUAGAGAAUAAUUUUAGUUCCAAAAUUGAUAAGAGCAAAAUUCCAUCUUUAUUAGAAAUGCAAAUACCUGUUCCACCAGAAUUAAAAAGUACUGACACAAAUCCAGAUGAAGAUCUAGGUAAUUCACAGUUAUUAUUGAUGUAACCAUUGUAUUAUAAUUUAUUAAUUUUUGACAGAAACUAAUAACAAUAGUAGCACACCAAUGCCAUCACCUUCCCAAGAUGAUCCUAUGGUUGAUAAUACUUUGUGAGUAUAAUUUAUAAAUAAAUAAUGUGAAAACAUUUUCUUGAAUUGAAUCAAUAGUGCAAUGUUAAAUAUUAUAUUGGACACAUUUUUUUUUUCUGUCAAAUUUCCCUUUAGAAAUCUUGCCCCAAUUAAAAAAUGAUUAGUUAAAUAUCAAAAAAAAGGAAAAUAUACAAUGCUAAAAUUUUAACUUUUUUGUCAGUGAAAUUAAUGAAAAUGAACAACUACCUAGUAUACCUACGAACAAUCGUUCAGUGCAUAAAUCUAAAAAACACCAUGACAAAACUCACAAGGAAAAGCAAAAACAAGAUAAGGAAAUGAGAAAAAAACAAAAAGAAGAAAGACAAGAAGAAAAACGAAUGGAAAAAAAUAGACAACGAAAAGAAGAUAUGUCUAUACAAACCAAUGAUCAACCAUUAUUAGAUGAGCUGAGUGAUGAUGAUGAAUUUAAUGGUAAAUCAAAGCAUACAUUAUCAUCUUAUACCUUAUUUAUUUCACAUUUUUAAUAAAUUAAUUUCAAUGCCUAUUUAAUGUGCCUAAUUUCAGUUAAAAGUUAUGCAUUUCUGUUUUUUAAAGGGGGGUUAAAUAAAUAAUUUGCUUAGUUCUGAAGACUUUAAAUUACACAAUCUUACACAUCCAAUCAUUGUAGCAUUAUUAAAUAUUUGAAUUUUUUAGUAUAUUUAAUUAUUUUCUAUUAUUUGUUAAAUUACUUUUAAUCAACUUGAACAAUUAUUAUAAUAAUUUAAAAAUGUUUUAGUUAUAGAAUAAAAAAUGUAUUUGUAUUAAUUUAUUUUAAAUUAUGCUAUUAUUUUUUUUAGAUCUUGUUAUUGAUGAAGAAAAGUUCCAAAAUGAGGGUAAAGAUCAACCAUUGCCAAAAAAACAAAAAGAACUUCUAAAACGAAUUCAAGUUCAACAAAAAUUUGUACGUAGAAGUUGGGUCUAUAUAUUUAAUUUUGUAUAAAUAUUUUCUCUGUUAAAAUAAAUUGUAUAAGUAUCUAUAUUUAAUUAAAAAAAUUGUGUCUACCUAUUAUUAUAAUCCCUGUAGAUCAAUAUUAUGUCACUGCAUUGUAUUUUGUGAUAUUUAUACUUUUUUUAAAAAAAAAAAAAAAAAAAAAGUUUGCAAAUCAAAUUAAAUAAUACAAUUUUAAAUAUAUUUAUUUAUAGUACAAUGAAACAGACGUGAAUGACCUAUAUAUUCAAGAGGAACCGUAUUCAAGUGAUGUUUCUGAUAACUCUGUAUCUACUAAAAAUGAAGAAAAAGAACCAACAGGAUCUUUAUCAAAGCCAAAUUCAUCCAAAGUGGAAAAAGUAAAUAUACAUCAGCUAUUAUUUAUAAUAAAUAAUAAUGAUAGUUUCCAAAAUAAUGUUUAUUAACAGUGGUUCAAUUAUAUUACUAAAGCCAAAUAGUACUAGUUAUUUGUUUUUUACAAUUUCUAAAGUAAUAAAUACUCUAACUAUUAUUUUUAAGUUAAUUUUUAUUGUAUUUUUACAGGUUGAUUUUGACCAAAUUACUAUAAGUGAUGAUAUAGCAAAACUACUUAAUAGUAUAAAGUCCCAACCAGAUAAAUCAACAAAAGACCAACAAUCACCAUUUCAUCUACCUGCACUGGAAAACCAUGAAUUAGAAGAAAUUGUUCUAGAGAAGUAAGUUUUUUGUUUGCUAUAUAUAUAAAAUGUUGAAAUCAAACUAUAAAUUAUAAUGUCGUACAUAUAAUAAGAGGUUGUAUUUUAAUACAUGAUCUAAAUGUAUUGCUAAUGACUGAAUAUUACUUUGAAUUACUGAAUUGUAGCUAUAAUACAAAUAUUUCAAAAGUAUAACAUUUCUUUAUGAAAAUAAUUCUUUUUUUUUUUAGACUUGAGGGUAGCAAGGAUUCUGCUACCCUACAUUGGUUUUAUUUACUAUUAUGUGUUUAUUUCUGUCUCUUAAAAACCUUGUUCCAACCAUUAACUUCUGAGGUUGUUUCUAGUAUAACAUUUUAUCUAUACUCUGUGCCACGAGAGAAUGCAUACGGGCCGUGCAUCUAAACAACAAUCAAAGCGCUCCAACGGUGUCAUUGUGUUUAGUAAUGGCAGUUUUUUCAUCAUGUUUUGUAGUGGGCAUGCCCAAAAAUAUAUGAGUUUUGGUCUACGACCAUAUACGUUCUUUCGUGUCACGGCAUAUAUUUGAUAUAUUGGGAAAAUCAUUAUUUUAUUUCCAUGGAAUACUUCGAUUAACCUUAUCUAAUUUUGGUAAAAUUUUAAAAAUAUUUAAUCAUUUUUGAGCUAUUUAUAUCUAUUUUACAUUAUCUGGGUUUUUAGUUUUAUAUAGGAAAAUUUGUUUAGUUUCAAAGUUUAUUACAAGUUGUAAUUAGCGAUAACAAAAUUUUACAUUUUUAAUUUUAUACAUUUUCAGUAAUUGGUAUAUUUUUUCAGAACAAGUUCUAUUGAAGAAUCUCCAGCUAGUCCUACUAGUAAUGACAAUAGCGCAGUGGAAUUAGGAAAAUCAGAUGUUGAUCUAAGACAAUUACCAUUUCAAUUUCCUGUUGCAGCAGCUACAGAGAUAGAUGCUUCUCUUGAUAGUCAUCCACCAAUCAAAUAUUUGUUGACACCUACACAAGUUUCGGUACCUGACUAUUCCAAAAUCCCACCUACGGUAAACAAAAAUAAUUUUAUUUAAGUAUUUGAAUUUUCCUUAAAACAUGAUUAAUAAUUUUUAAAUAGAUGGGAAUUGAUGAUCCACGUCUUAGACGAAGUAUAACAGCAGCCAGAGACCCAAUGUUUAUUCAAAAUGUCCCUGCGACUACUACUGUAACACCAGUAAGACCAGCAGCUCCUCAAAAAAGUGCACCUCGAGAUCCUAGAAAACCACAACAAGAUGUUACUUGUGCAUCGACUGUUCAUAAUCCUAACAUACCUAUUAUACAAACUUCUACUACACUUGUACAACAACGACCUAUGGAUAGUGACAUGAGACACAUGCCUCCACCAAUAAUAUGUCCACAACAAAUGAUGGCGGUUAGGAACGAUCCACGGCGGAAACCAAUGGUUCCUGGAGAUCCCAGGCAAAGACAGCGGUUUGACGUAGAUCAAAGAAUAAAUAAUAUUAAUUAUUUUUAAUUUCAGAAUGGUUAUAAUAUAACAUAUUUAUUUUUCGUGCUAGAUAUAUUCAAACUUAAUGUACAGAAAUUAUAAUGUAAAGUAUAAUUAUUGUACAAUACUUAUUAGUAAAAAUUUAAUAACAAUGACUGAUGUUUUUUUCUAUUCAAUGAAAUCCUAAUUUUAUUGCUAAAUAGACUAUUUCGUCAAAAUUAAAUUAUAUUAUAAAGUAUUGAUAAGAUAAUUUUAAUAAAACUUGAGAUGAUUACUAUAAAGACAAUGACAGUAGUUUAUUAUAUGUAAAAUACAAUUUUUAUUUUAAGUUUAAAUACCAUAAUAUUUUUAAGUAAAGAUGUUAAGAAAUAAUAUUUUUUUAUUUAUCCAAAUGCUUUGUUAUUGUUGUACUAUAGUUGUAUAUUACAAAAUUAUAACUAAACUUUAAUGAUAUAUAUUGUAGCUUUAAUUUUGUUAUUGACUUAAAACAUAUGCUAAAAUUAAGUUUAAGUAUACCUACCUAUAAAGUUAUACAAAGUGAUACAAAGUAUUAAUAAUACCUACUUUAUAGUUAUAAAACUGUAUAAAAAUACAUUUUUGUUGAAUUGUGGCUGUUGAUCAUCACUCUUAUAGUUUAUUAGUAUUCAAUAAAUUUAUGUGUACAAUUCAUGGUUGUGUUUUUACUUAUUUGUGAAAAAGUACUGUAGUUAACUAUUGAUUGCUUUGAAUCAAAUCUAAUAUGCAUAACAAAAAUUUGUCUAAUCAAUUUUCUUUUUAAUAGUUAAUCUAGAAAUGUAUACUUUUUAUUUUCAAUUUGACGCGAGGUUUGAUUAAACCUCUUUUGAAAGGCCAUAAUAUUUAAUAUUAAAACUUAUUAAAAAAAAAAAAUUUCUUUUUGAUCACUAAGUAUGACUUAUUAUGAACCUCCUAUCAAAUUUUAAAACAUUUCUGUUAAAUCUAACAAUUUUAUUUACCGAGUACCUCCUACCAAAUGAUAUUUAUGUGAAAAACUCAAAAUUAAGAUAUCUAUAAAUAUCUCAAAAAUUGCUCAAAUGUUCUAAAAGUUUUACCACGUCUAGAAAAAGUAAAUUAUUAAUUUCUGUCAACAUUUUAAGUUUCUACGAAUACAUUAAAAAAACAAAACUUAAAUAUAAAAAAAUUAUUUUCAUAAAAUUAUCAGUAAUUUCUGUUUUUAUUUUAAUUUUUCUGAAUUAUUAAUAAAACUACAGAGAAAAUCAAAAAAUGGAUAAUUUGCUCAUGAACUACAUUAAAAAUGCAACAAAAAAGGUCUCUUGUCAUUUAUCUGUUGGUGCAAUAUUUAUAGUAGAAAACAUAAGCCAUACAAAUUUAAAUUAAUGAAAUUGUACCAUAAUUUGAAAAAAAAUUGUAUAUCUCAUCUCUUGGUUUUUCCCAUUUGUUAGGAAAACUACUUUUGAUAUCAAAAAACAAUUUACUGCCCGUGAAGAAAUAUUAUUAGGAACAAAAUCAAUAUCUUGUCAUUUUUGGAAGUAAUAUUUCUGGUACCUACUUAGAAAAUAAUGUUGUAGCAUAAUAAAAAUAAUGAAAAUGGUAACGCUGAGGCGUGCCGAGUAUAUUUUCCGUUUUAUCUAUACUUUUCUGUCCUCUUUUCCUCGAUUAUUUCGAAAUCUCGUUGGAAAAUCGAAAAUUUACCUUUACGGUUAGGGGUACAGUCUACACUUUAGAGUAAGAUUUCUGUUAGAAAAGUUGUUUACAGAUAGAA